AUGGAGUCUUCUGCUUCAAGACCCAAGCUCAGGACCGCCUUCAAGAAGGACCGGGUCAUUGCACCUCUGCACACCGCGGGGCCCGUCGCUCUCACUCCGGAUGGCUCGAGAUUGAUCACCUGCUUGGGCGAGGAGGCUUUGUUGACGGACGUCAAGGCUGGUGUGGAGAUUUGUCGCUUUUCCGGGGACACAGAAUCCAUCACCGCCCUCUGCGUUACUCCCUCUGCGUCCCACCUCGUGCUCUUCACGUCUUCUCUCUCCCUCCGCAUCUAUGAGAUACCGGCUUCUCUCGCCCCGCAGUCAAAACCCAUCAAACCAAUCCGCGUGAUCGCGCGCGCGCACGACGCACCCGUUCAUGUGUGCAAAGCGGACCCCACCUCGACCUACCUCGCCUCCGGCGCCGCCGACGGGGUCGUAAAGGUAUGGGACAUCGCUCGCGGGUACGUCACGCAUCUCUUCAAGGGCCAUGGCGGCGUCGUCAGUGCCCUCGCGUUCAACUACCCCUUCGACCCCGCCUCCGUCGUCCGCGAGCAGAAGAUGCAGCUCAUCACUGCCUCCGUCGACACCCGCAUUCGCAUCUUUGACCUCUCCGCCGCCGCCGCGCGCGCGAGCGGCGGUUCCAAGCCUGAAGCAGUGCUCGAAGGGCAUGUCUCUGUCCCUCGUGGUCUGGACGUCUCGCCGGAUGGCAAAUGGCUCGUCAGCGGCGGACGCGACUCUGUUGUGCUCAUUUGGGACAUAUCGGCCCCAACCGGCGCGCCUGCGGAGACGAAGAAGGGCAGCAAGGGCAAGGGACGGGAGACUGCGUACACGCCCGUGCUGCAGAAAACGAUCCCGGUGCUCGAGCGCGUCGAGGCCGUUGGACUCCUGCACCCUGACGAAGACCUCGCCGGCGCGCCAUCUGGAGCUGGGAAGCUCCGAUUCUACACCGGGGGGGAGAAGGGCUUGAUCAAGAUUUGGGAUGCGCGCGAGGGCAAAGUUUUGUUCACGCUCGGGCAAGAACACGACGACGCAGGCGACGACCAGGAGGAACAGCGACAGAUCGUUGACGCCAUCUACCUCCCAUCAUCCUCCACCAUCGUCUCCGUUCACGCGGACCAGAACAUUCUCUUCCACUCCCUCUCAAGCCGGGCGCUUAGUCGCCAAUUGAUCGGCUUCAAUGACGAGAUCAUCGACGCCGUUUUCCUUUCGCCCGCCCUACCCCUACAAGCUGCGCCUGCGCCCACGCUCUCCGAUACACACGUAGCGCUUGCGACCAACUCGUCGCUCAUCCGCGUCUACUCGACCACGGCGCUCGACGCCCGUCUAGUCGCUGGUCACGCGGAGAUCGUCCUCUGUCUUGAUCGGGGCGCGCAAGGCCGCGUGUUCGCGAGCGGCAGCAAAGACCGUUCCGCGCGCGUAUGGGCGGCCGUACCUUCCGGCGAAGGGGACGCUCCCGCAGUGCCGGAAUACCGUUGCAUUGCGGUGUGCGAGGGCCAUGCGGAAAGCGUGGGUGCCGUUGCGAUGUCGCGGCGGGCAUAUUCAGGCGAGCCGGACGCACCGACGGACAACCUCGGCUUCAUGUUCACCGGGAGCCAAGACCGGACGAUCAAGAUGUGGGACCUUUCCGCGGUCUCGCUCGCGGCGGACGACGAGGAUGGGGACGAGCCGGUGAAGUGCAAGAGCUUGGCGACGCACAAGGCGCACGACAAGGACAUCAACGCGCUCGACGUCGCCCCGAACGAUCGCCUCCUCGUCUCCGGCUCACAGGACCGCACCGCCAAAGUCUGGGCGAUCGAGCACGUCCCCGGUGCCGGUGCGCGUCCUGCGCGCGGAGAACUCAAGCUGCUCGGGACGUGUACCGGGCACAAACGCGGGGUGUGGUGCGUGCGUUUCGGGCGCGCGGAGCGUGUCCUCGCGACGGGCAGCGGGGACCGAACUGUGCGCCUGUGGAGCCUGGACGACUUCACGUGCGUGCGGACGUUCGAGGGCCACACGAACUCGGUCCUCCGCGUCGACUUCCUCAGCGCGGGGAUGCAGCUCGUGAGCGCCGCCGGCGACGGGCUCGUGAAGCUGUGGACCGUGCGCGACGAAACGUGCGUCGCCACGCUCGACGCGCACGAGGACAAGGUGUGGGCGCUCGCGGUGAGCGGUGAUGAGCAAACCAUCGUGUCCGCCGCCGCGGACUCGGCCGUCACGUUUUGGCGGGACUGCACUGAGGAGGAAGAGGUCGCGCGGGACGAGAAGCGCGAGGAGGAGGUGCAAAAGGAGCAAGACUUUGCGAACUACCUCGAGCUCCACGACUACCGCAGCGCGAUCCUCCUCGCGCUCAGCAUGGACCAGCCCGGCCGCCUGCACGCCCUCUUCGCCUCCCUCCCCUCCGUCUCCGCCAGCAAGCAGGACUCGAUCACGGGCCACCCCGCCGUCGACACCGCGCUCGCCACGCUGCCGCUGCCCGACCUCGCGCGCCUGCUCCGCACCGUGCGCACCUGGAACGCGCGCGCGCGCACCGCGCCCGUCGCCCAGCGCGUCCUCCACGCCGUCGUGCGCCUCCGACCCGCCGCGGACGUCGCGCGCGCGUUCGACGCCGAGGCGUCCCUCGCCGUGGCCACGUCCUCCUCCUCGGUGUCCUUCGGCGAUGGCGACGCACCCGCCGCGGUGCGGCAGGAGGAAGGCCGGGGCGCGACGGCGCUUAAGGAGCUCGUCGACGCGCUCAUCCCGUAUACGGAGCGGCACCUCGCGCGGAUGGACAAGCUGUUGCAGGACAGCUACGUCGUCGAGCACCUGCUGUCCGAGAUGGACGACGGCAUGUUCGGGGAGCUCGCGGAUGACCUUGAGGACGAGAACGACGUCGACCGGAUGGAUGUGGAGAGGACCGUCGCUGUGUCUGCGUGA